CCCUACCUCCUCACACCCCAUCUUCUCUGCUUCCCCAAACAUGGCUCAUCAGGCAUAGAGUGAAGGAAGUCAACCGACUGAGAUAAGGAAACUGAGGUUGCUCCCAGUGCCUAGCCCAAAGUCACAUGACUAGCUCAGGCCCACUGGACAAUGUGGCCUCAAAGCACCUUCUUCAUGGCCUUUCCCCACGUGGGGCCCAUUGCGGGCUGGUUGUUUGCUCGACAGCACAUGCCCACCUGGUAUGAGACCCUGAAAAAGCCACCCUGGUGGCCACCCAACAAGCUCUUCUUAAUUGUAUGGACCACCAUCUACUCCACCAUGGGCUACGCCUCCUACCUGGUGUGGAAGGAUCUGGGUGGGGGCUUUGCUCGUCCUCUGGUCCUGCCCCUUGGUCUCUAUAUUACCCAGCUUGUUCUCAACUGGAUCAUACUGCUCCUCUUCUUCGGAGCCCACAACCUUGGUCUGACUCUAUGCCACCUUCUCCUGCUCUAUGGACUGGUGCUGGGCAUGGCAUUGAGCUGGCACUCCAUCAAUGGCCUAGCUGUCCUGCUCCUGCUGCCCUACCUGGCCUGGCUCACACUGACCACUUCACUGGCCUAUCGUCUAUGGAUGGACAACUCCAGUUCAGAGCCACAGCUCUCUUCCCAAGCCCAGCUUCAGUCCAUGGGAGAGAAGAUAGACUGAGACAGGAAAACUGCAGAAAGGAGAAUCUGAGGAGGUCAAAAGGGAGAGAGACAUCAAGAGUUGGGGUUGAGAAAACUAAGGGAAGGGAUUGAGGCAUGAGGGAGGGCAGGGAUAAGGAAUCCCCAAAUGCAGCCUCUGAUCAACAUUCCCAUACCCUUCCUAAUAAGCUGUCCUGAUCCUGAACCUCCUCUCUAAUUCCAAGCUACUCCAUUUCUUCUUUGUCAUCAUUUCCCUAUUAAAACAAAGAGGACUUUAUAUCUGUUUUUAAAAAAGCAUAUUUACAAAUAAAAAUAAAAAUUUUAUUGGUUCUA